AUGAAACACCAGGGAAAACCCCCAGAAGGAAACCUAACUGCAUGGAUGGAAUUUGUCCUUUUGGGGUUUGCUGAGGUGCCCCAGCUCCAGUGGUUUCUGUUUGGACUGUUCUUUGUCAUCUACAUGAUCACCCUGCUGGGCAAUGGAACCAUUUUGGUAAUAACAAAAGUAGAGCCUGCUCUCCAGAUGCCUAUGUAUUUUUUCCUUGGCAAUUUUUCCUUUUUGGAGAUCUGUUAUGUUUCAGUUACUCUCCCCAGAAUGCUCGUGAAUCUUGGGACCCAGAGAAGGACCAUCUCUUUGGUUGCCUGUGCUACACAAAUGUGCUUCAUUCUUGUACUGGGGGCCACAGAAUGUUUCCUUCUGGCAGUGAUGGCCUAUGACCGCUAUGUGGCCAUUUGUAACCCUCUGCAGUAUCCUCUGGUCAUGAACCACAAGGUCUGUAUCCUGCUGGUGGCUGCCUCCUGGAUCAGUGGAAUUCCUGUGCAGGUAGGUCAGACCUUCCAGGUUUUCUCCCUGCCAUAUUGUGCUUCCAAUGUAAUCAACCACUUCUUCUGUGACAUCUCCCCAAUACUUAAGCUGGCCUGUGGGGAAACCUUCACAAUUGAGCUGAUGGUCUAUGUGGCUGCUGUGCUAUUUGUCUCCGACCCAUUUCUCUUAAUACUCAUCUCCUAUAUCAAAAUCAUCUCCACAGUCCUUAAAUUGCCAUCAGCCACAAGCAGAGCCAAAGCCUUCUCCACCUGCUCAUCUCAUCUUACAGUGGUGGUGUUAUUCUUUGGAUCAGCUAUUAUUACAUAUUUAAGACCUGAGGCUAGUCAUUCAGCAGAAACUGACAAAGUGCUUUCUCUUUUCUACACUGUUGUGACUCCCAUGUUCAACCCCAUGAUAUAUAGCCUGAGGAACAAGGUGUUAAAAUGGCAUUGAGAAAAUUAUUAGGGAAAUAAUCUACUUGAAUAAAUGUAAGUUAUA